AUGUUACCAACCCCAGACCUUUCCCACUUGACUCAAGAUGAUUUCACAGUCGUUUAUGAACCUGCCGAAGACACCUUCAUUCUCCUGGAUGCGCUAGAGCAAGAUGCCGAUCUCCUUCAAAAGACUGAUCCAGCUAUCAGCUUGGAAAUUGGGUCUGGAAGCGGUUGCGUUAGCGCCUUUAUUGGUCAGAUUCUUGGGAAGCGCAGUGCGUAUUUCUGCACUGACAUUAAUGCUGAUGCAGGACGAUGUACUAUGGCAACGGGAGAACAGAACAAGGUUCUCCUGAAUGUCGUUCUCACGUCGCUAGUGGGAGGCCUUUUGCCACGUCUCCUUGGCAACGUGGAUCUGCUUAUAUUCAACCCACCUUAUGUGCCAACGGAUGACGAAGAAGCUUCACAGGCGCAGAUGGGUCGAUCCAUCUCAGGAGCAUGGGCGGGCGGUGCCCAUGGAAUGAAUACAACGCAAGAAGUACUUCGAAUAAUCCCUACUUUACUGUCCCAAAACGGGUUAUUUUAUCUAGUUGCUGUCCGCGAAAAUAACCCUGUCGCAAUUGCUCAUCAAGCCAAGACCGAGUUAGGAUUAACAUGCGACAUCAUCUUAGAAAGGAGAGCGGGAAUAGAACGACUGUUCGUCCUCCGCUUCUCCCGCAAGAACAGAAACAACAGCAACAUAUUCAAUCAAUAGCAUCAUUCUGAUUGUUGUGCCAUACAUGGAUGUGACGGUCAAUCGGGGUAGCCGUGCUACUUCAAAACACGAUCAAGAUAUUCCUCCCAGGUGGAAGGCUCUCUGCCCAAUAGCCACCUCAAUAUUCGGGCUGCCGGUCAAUCCCCAUGUGUCGUAAUAAUACAGC